AUGGAAUCGGACUUACGGUCGACUCGCUGGGACGGAAGCCGGCUAUCGUCCUCGUCUUUCGCUAGACAAGGGUGGUCUCGACAGUCGCCGUCCUACGCGCCUACAUCAGGCGAUGCAGGCCCCUCCCACCAGGCAAGCUGGCACUUCUUCGAAGCCUUUGCCGAGAACGAGUCUUUCCGAGACCACCAUUCUUCGUCUCUACGUGAAGUACACGAAGACCUCCAACCCGGGUCCCGAACAGACCGCGCUGCUAAUCUACCAUCUGAGCGGCCGUCUACCGUACCAACGCAACCCGUUCUAGUCAGAGCGUAUUCUGGAAAUGCAGAGGAUGAACCGAGGAGCAAGCUGUCAUCCAUGUCUCCGCGCCGACUGUUCCCGUUCACCGGGUCGAGGAGUUCGGCUUCCCCCCGUCCAUCGGGUCCGCCGCUCCCGUCGGAUAAAGACUUCAGUAUUGAUAGUAUACUGCAAGCCAUCGAUCCCGAUAUCCGUGGAACAUUGGACUCAAUCGCCGAGAUCUGUGGACGCAGUAAACUAAGUCUUGCGAAUGAGUAUGGCAGUCAUAUCGCCCCGUUGGGCGAGAUUCGUGCUCCGCCAGGAGGUGGCCUGGUCCCGGUCGAAGAGGCAAGCUCGAGUGAUGAACGUCGUGCCGAUGAGGGUGUCGUUAUCUUUGAUGACGACCCUGGCAUGAUGGACACGGGACGUGAUAUGCAUCCGUUCUCUUUCUAUCGUUAUCUGGAGAACCUUCGGCAUGCUGCAUCUGCCUUGGAACGCAAUAGCAGUCCGACCUCGUUGAUGGCUACGCAGUCUACCACAGUGAAUGGAGCAAGUUUAGAAAGAGGCACACUGCCAGCGAUUCGCGAGUUUCCCUCAGGACCAAAGAACUCCAGCCGAGACCUGCUGGGGAAGCACAAGCCCUCUGGCGGUGCUGGCCAGCCCUCACAGGAUAUAGCCACCCCAGCUAUGGUCUCUGAAGUUCACUUUGAAGCACGAGCAGAUGAUCAAUACACUAUUGCAGAGCCACGGGUUACUACAGAUGCCACGGAUCUUAGUGGCACCCACGCAUCGGACAGUUGGAACACGUCCGAUGUGGUCCAAUUUCUCCUUGGCUGGCUGAAAUGGACAACCCGCGUUGUUGAGCCAGACUCGCGGCCUGCCUUGCAAUCAGCCGAGGACCGUCUACGGGCUAUGCUCGGGCGAGCAGGCGAUGAGCAUACUUCUUUGCCCAUGACCUAG